AGAAAUUAGUUUUCACGUUUGUUUAACUUUUGGAUGGGUCAAACCCACACGCGGCAUGUGUAUAAUCUCUCAAGCAGAGACGUACAGAUUUAUGCCGUGAAGCCUAGCGAAGUGGAUGACAAGACUUGGCCGCAAUGGGUGAACUCGAAUAUCAUGCAAGUAACCAAAUCGAAGACGCAGAGACGUAGCAUCAAGGCGAAUAAGCAAAAUAGCAUAAUCGGCAUUCCGGAAGACCGUACUGGAACCCCUCCGGAGGCAUCUACAGACGGGCGGAGCGAGGCGUCUACGAUCAAGGUGGACCGGUAUUUGAUAGGAAGUGUCGGAUUCAAGACUUCCAGGACUCUGAAGUUCCCUGCGAAGGCUACAAGGGUGACCCUAGUGGCAGCCGGUGGUGCCGGCAACAUUUCGGAAAUACCGAAAAUGCCGCCAAGCUCUAAAUCCUCUAGUAUGAGGUCUCAUCAUUCACUUAAUCGGCGCACACUUGGGCUGGAAAGUAGACGCUCGAGCAAGCAAACUGCGAAGCAAGAGUGGGAGCUGGCUAGUAUGACAAAGGACCUCGUCAUUGAAGAAAAUCACCAUGGCCUGAGAACACUCCGGCUUGCAUACCGCGAUGACAAGGUCCACGGCGAGAGAUUGCUUUACGUGGUCAAUGUAGAUGCUGUAGAAAAGCUAGUACCAGCCAUUGAGGAGAAUAAGAUCCGCAUGAAUGCCACAUCGCCAGACAUGGCAUCACACGAUACGAGGGAUAAUGAUUCCACGACAACCACUCCAAGGAAUCAAGCAAGUGAUGGAUCUGAUGAUGAGUGGCAAUGGGUAUCUGCACGGCCACAGACAUCUACUGGGGAUACUGAUUAUUCUACGAUGACCCCAACUUUGGCAUGUGAGGAACCAUCGCCAGCCUCCACCCCCAGUAAUGGUAAGAAGGUGAUGCUGUCUGUCAUCGAAACACCUGAAGACCCCUUACAUGUGCCCAAUCAUGAAACCAGUAUAGUUGGAACUGGGCAUCUGGUGCCGCCUGAUCCUGAGUCCAUGACACUAUCCAAGCCGGAUACUGACGGGGAAGGGACUACAUUAACCUCGCCUAGGGAUAAGGCUACUUCGACUCAUCUUAAGAAGCACAGGACCGUCAAGACAUCGAAGUCGUCACUUGUUUCUAGCAACGUCUUCGGUGCCGCCACGUCAGCUGUCACCGGUGGAGUUACUAAGGGAGUGGAUUCUUACAGGAAGCAACAGUUGGAACGUCAGAUGGCUCUGCGUGCAUUCCUAAUGAGUGUGCCUGAACCACCUAUGUCCGAAGAGGCAUCGGGUUUGGUAAUAGCAUAUGUCGGCAAGCUCUCAAUAGAUUGGGUGAAGGUUGCGAAAGAGGCGGGCGUCGGUGCUGCGAGAGGUACGCUUAUGGGCGGCACGGUGGGAGCGGCUGUCAUGGGUGGCAUGAUUGGUUUCUCUAGAGCGGGUGCCAUGUUCGACGCAGCCAACAAUGUGGGCGCGGCCACAGUCAUGAGAGGGAUGGGAACGGGGCUGGGUGUAAUGGUGUCGGCUGCAAUCACUGCAUGUGAAGUUGGCUAUCACGUCCGGAAGUGCAAGCAGGGGAAACUUCAUGUGCGCACCACUCGACGGAAGGUCACAGCAGCGUCCAUGCGAGGUGCCGCCAACGCAGGGCUUUGUGCCCUCACAAUCGUCCCAGGAGCUGGUUUGAUCGUUGCCAUCAUUGGUGGUGUAGCAUUUAAUAUUUGCGAUGCAACGUUCGGAUGGUCCGACAAGGCAGCCAAUAAGUUGGUCCCUCGGUCGGAGGACGAAGAAGUUUUUGAAGGCAAGGUUGUUCACGAGAAAAUGAUUGAGGCUGCUCGUGAAACACUCGGGCUUAGUCCCGAAGAGUCCCUCGAUGAAGAUGACCUUAAACGACGGCUACGACGUUGGAUGCUUAGUCUACAUCCUGAUAAGAAUGCGCAACAGGUUCACCCCCACUUGCACACGAUAGUUACUGCCUGUACUAUCCUCAUCAACGAAGCAAGAGAUAUCGAAGCGCAGAGGAACCUUCGGAAAGUGGAGAAUCCGCUUGAGUCAACUGAAGACAACGAUGUAAAUCCUUAUCAGCUGUUAUGUCUGAUGGAUGAGCCGGAUACACACUCAGAAAGAACGUCUGAUGGUCUGUGCCGAGAUUAAUCUGGUGUACCCGAGAAACCUUAAGAGGAGUCUCUGAGCUCAGUACGCUCAGUCCCUUUGAGCAUGGGCCAGAGAGCGUUUCUUAUUAGCUGUAUUCUACUACUCCCAACUCUCAUCCUUCAAAUGCGAAGCGUCAUCCACAUGGUGUCACAUUCAUGCAGUCUCGUCAUAUGUGGUCCGCUUCUAUGUAUAUCCAAUAUCCUCGCAGGCGUAGCGCGGAGUUACUUGAGAACUUGAUCGGUUUGAGGAUGAGAGCCACCCCUCAAGCCUCUCUGUAUGUCGCAGAUCAUUUUCUCAAUGCAUCAACGUAUUUUUUUCUCUGAUGUCAUGUCCAUCUGGCUCGGAUCGGGGAACGUUUAUAUUCUUGAGCCUUCGUUCUACAGUCUAUGCGCCAGCUCGUGUACUUCUUUUUCGAGCAGCAUUUUUAUAGUCACA